UUAAACUUUUUUGGAAUCUGGGUUGUACAGCAUCAGUCUUACAGACAUGCUGCUGCUGCUGCCCUUUAAGGUUGCCAUAGCAACCGGUGACACUGCCUGAUAACAUGAAGGUCGCCUUUCCCUGAUAAACACAUGUGGUCAAGGUGAGAACACACACACAAUUAAAAACAGCAAACAGCUGACCUUUGACCUCUCCAAGGCCUCCCUCUCCUCCUCUCUGAUUUAAACCUGAACUCCACAUUUCUGUCCUCACUUCAUCCUCUUCUCCUUCUCCUCCUGGUCGACAUGCUUUCCUCUCUACUCUCCUCGUUCUCCCCGUCAGUCCUCCACCUCCUCGCCUUCUUUAUCAUCGCCGUGGUUACCGUCCUGCUCUUGCGGACUUGUCCAGAUCGGGGCUCCAUCCCCUGCCUGCCAACCAUCCCCAUCCUGGGCAGCCUCCCCUGGAUGAGAGGAGGACUCCCCCCUCACCUCCUCUUCACCCAGCUGUCCCAUAGGUACGGGCCUCUGUUCGCUCUUUACCUCGGUCCUCAUUACACUUUAGUCGUCAACAGUCAUCAACACGCCAAAGAGGUUUUACUGCAGAGAGGGAGGGACUUCGCUGGGCGUCCGAGCAUGGUGACCACUGACCUGCUGACCAGAGGAGGAAAAGACAUUGCGUUUUGUGAUUACUCCCCUCUCUGGAAGUCGCAUCGUCGCCUCGUCCAUAACUCCUUCACUCUGUUCGGAGAAGGAACCAGCCGACUGCAGGACAUCGUCCUCUCCUCUGUGGACAGUCUGUGCAGUGAGUUAUUGUCCAAUGGCUCCCAGAGUUUUGAUCCGUCUCCUGCCAUAACCAGAGCUGUCACCAACGUUGUGUGCACACUAGUGUUUAGCGCCACCUACAGCCCUGGAGACACUGAGUUACAGGAGGUGAUUCGAUACAACGACGGCAUCGUGCAGACGAUUGCCAGAGGAGGUCUGGUGGAUAUUUACCCCUGGAUCAAGGUGUUUCCCAACAAGUGUCUGAAUAAACUGAAGGAGUCCAUCACUGUUAGAGACCGACUACUGACCCGCAAACUGGAGGAGCACAAGGCGGCGCUGAGUGACGGUGACCCCUGUGACCUUCUGGAUGCUCUGCUGAAGGGUCAGAGGGGUCAGAGGUCACCUUCGUCUGAGGAGGAGGGGAUCACAGACGACCACGUCCUGAUGACCGCGGCCGAGGCGUUCGGAGCUGGAGUGGAGACGACGUCCACCACUCUGCUGUGGAUCCUGGCCUACCUGCUGCACCACCCACAGGUCCAGGAGCGUGUGCAGAGGGAGCUGGAUGAAUACGUCGGUGGUGAGCGUCCGGUUUGUGUGUCGGACCGCGGUCAGCUGCCGUAUCUGGACUGUGUGAUCAACGAGGGCAUGAGGAUCCGUCCAGUCAGUCCAGUCCUGAUCCCACAUACGGCCAUGACCGACAGCAGAAUCGGAGGUCACCCUGUCAGAUGUGGAACUCGUGUUUUGGUCAACAUGUGGUCAAUUCACCACGACCCCCAACACUGGGAUAAACCAGACCUCUUCAACCCAGAUCGUUUCCUUGAUGACCAGGGUCAACGUGCCACGCCCUCCUGCUUCAUGCCAUUUGGGGCGGGGCCUCGGGUGUGUGUUGGCGAAUCAUUGGCCCGACUGGAGCUUUUCCUCUUCCUGUCGUCCCUGCUGCAGCGAAUGAGCUUCAGGCUGCCAGACGGGGCUUCCCCGCCCAACCUGCAGGGGCGACUGGGGGUCGUUCUACAGCCGUUACCUUACAAUGUUGUUGUCACGCCAAGGGCAGGGUGGGAGGGCGGGGCCAAAUGA